AUCGCGCGCUGCAUGUCGAAUAUCAUAGUAGUUAGUCGGCUAUCGGACUCGAGUCGUUCAAGGUAUCUAAAGAAAAGUCGAAUGUCUUCCGCUUCUUUCGGUGGUUACACGUCCGUCACGUUCGGGCAUUGCCGUAUCUGGUACUUUAUCAAUGAAUAAUUCAACUAUUUCACCCAUGCUGAGAACCACUGACAUUUCGUAUAAUUCAUGCCAAGGCGGAGACGAGCACUCCGUAGAUGUGUUAUGUGGUUCAAUUCGAAGACUUCCUCGAUUGUUGCUCGGGGAUAUCUAGAGAUCGUACGUGAAAUCUAUGUCGGUGGUAGACGUGGUGGGGUAAACGACUUAUUAACAUCGCAAGUAUCGCGAAAACGAUUCUACAACGGGAGUGCCGGUGCAUGAGUGGUUUAGUGAUCAAUGAACUCUGCGGUGCUGUAUAUUGGGGCGUGCUGCCAGUGGUACCCAUUAAGCCGGCAGAUAUGACAACAUAAUAGAAAAUUAUAAAUUAAAUUUUCCAUAAGGAAAUAAAUAGAGGUGGUCAAGAGAUGAUGAACGAUAUAGAAAGUAUAAGCAUGAAGGGCAGUGGAGGAUCUAAGAUGCCUCACAGUCAUUCGACUCCGGCAGGUGUAGACGGAGGUAGUAGAACUCCUCCUACGACACCUAGAAAAGCCGGGAAGAUGCUUGCUGUUCGUGUACAAAUGUUGGAUGAUACAAUUACAAUGUUUCAAGUUCAGGCAAAAGCAUUAGGAAGAGUGUUAUUCGAUCAGGUUUGCAAGCAGCUACAUCUUUUGGAAGCUGAUUAUUUCGGUCUCGAGUAUCAGGAACCUAAUGGAACAAAAUACUGGUUAGAUUUAGAGAAGCCUGUUUGUAGGCAAGUAGGAUUGUCUUUAAUCGAUCCUCUUUUGAGAUUUUGCGUGAAAUUUUAUACGCCAGACCCAGCACAAUUGGAAGAGGAGUUUACAAGAUAUUUAUUUUGCCUUCAAAUCAAACGAGAUUUAGCUCAAGGUUUAUUACAGUGCAAUGAUAAUACAGCAGCUUUGAUGGCCAGUUAUAUCGUUCAAGCCGAAUGUGGAGAUUACGUAAUAGAGGAUUAUCCGGAUCACACAUAUUUGUCAACAUACAAAUUUGUGCCUCAUCAAGAUCAAGAAUUGGAACGUCGCAUAAUGGAGAAUCAUAAGAAACACGCCGGUCAAUCUCCGGCAGAAGCGGAUUUGAAUCUGUUAGAAACGGCGCGUCGCUGCGAGUUGUACGGAAUGAAAAUGCAUCCGGCAAAAGAUCACGAAAGUGUACCUCUGAAUCUGGCAGUGGCACACAUGGGAAUUGUAGUCUUUCAAAAUUACACCAAGAUAAAUACGUUCAGUUGGGCGAAGAUUAGGAAGAUCAGUUUUAAAAGGAAACGAUUUUUGAUCAAACUUCAUCCAGAGGGUUACGGUUAUUACAAAGAUACGGUGGAGUUCUUUUUCGAGGGUCGUAACGAGUGUAAAAAUUUCUGGAAAAAGUGCGUAGAGAAUCAUGGAUUUUUCCGUUGCUCGGUGGUAAAGCGAGUGGUACGGCAGAAAACCCGUGUUCUCAGCCGCGGCUCGUCGUUUAGGUACAGCGGCAAAACUCAGAAGCAAAUCGUUGAAUUCGUACGAGACAAUUACGUGAAGAGGCAGACGUUUCAAAGGUCCAAUUCGUUCCGGCAGACUAGCAGUGGUAGGGCAUUGCAGGGCUUGGAGGGGGGAGGUUAUCGUGGGGCCACUCCAAGCAGCUCCCUUAUGGGCAGCUCCAGCAUCUCUGCCCACCCCCUCCUGCCCCUCGGCGAUCCUGCACUGGAAACCCCAGCUCUGUCUCUAUCAUGCGGCUCGAUGACACUGGAUUCUCCGACGACUGUGACGAGUGUCUCGAUGGGAGGGACGAUUCACCGUCGCGAAGACACAGCUACGUCGUUUCGGACACUUACGUCCAUCGACGUCCAUUCCCCGGCCACACCCAGCCAGGUCCCAGCGCCGCGGCAGAUGCUUCUUACCAGCCAGCAACGGAUUUCAUCAGCAGAUACCGAGACAGAUAAGCAGGGGACACCAAAGAAACAGGAGAACAAUAAUUCCAUGUACUCCAAUGAUAAAUCACCGGAGAAACGUACGAACGGUGUGCUGGACACUAGUAACACGAGUAUGGUGAACACUCCGGAUCUUAGCCCCGUGAAAAAUGUACGGAACGGAGAGCUGGAGGAUCCGGAAGUCCGAAAAACUAAGAGAUGGCCUACCGACAAGGCGUACUACAUAGCGAAAGAGCUCUUAAUGACCGAACGAACCUACAAGAAGGACCUCGACGUGAUAAACGUGUGGUUCAGGGAAGAGGUAUCUCGAGAGACGGGAUUAGAGGGCGAAGCGGUUGUUUCGCUGAUCGAGCUUUUAGCGGACGUUCACGGUCCUUGCCUUCAAGAAAUGGAGUCCAGAUUGGAACGAUGGGAGAGUAACGCUCGUCACAACAUCGGUGAUUUUCUCUACAACACCUUGUUGAACGUCCUACCGCUUUACGAUCAAUAUCUGGAGAACCUAAUACCCGUACUCGAGAAGAUGGAAUAUUAUACGAGGACGUCGCGACGGUUCGAUCAACUCUGCCGGGACUUCGAAGCACAGAAACAUUGUUAUCUACCCUUAACUUCAUUCCUUUUAAAGCCGUUGCAACGAUUGUUGCAUUACAACAGUAUUAUCGAUAGAUUAUUAGAUCAUUAUCCGAAAGAUCAUACAGAUUUCGAGGAUUGCUUGGCAGCUAGAGAUCGUUUAGGAGAAACACUGCUGGAAGGUCUUAGUAUAAUUAAUCAAGCAGAGAAUCUGGUUCAGUUAUGCGAGAUGCAAAGGGACAUCAGCGGUUUCGACAACCUGGUCCAGGCAGGUCGUAGAUUCAUUAGACAGGGCUGCUUACAGAAAUAUAGUCGCAAAGGUUUCCAACAAAGAAUGUUUUUCUUGUUCUCAGACAUAUUACUGUACACAUUCCGUACUCAACAACCGACCCAAUGCUUCCGGGUCCACGGUCAGCUUCCGUUGAAAGGAAUGAAGAUCCGUGAAAGCGACAACAAGACCGGAUCAGACUUUGCGUUUGUAAUAGACGGUCAGGGAAAUCAAUCUCUGACGGUUGCCGCUAGCAACGAAGAGGAAAAGGAGAGAUGGUUGGAAGAUUUGUCUCAAGCCAUAGCGCAAGCUGACGCGGAUCCAAAAAUGCCUUACAUGAACCUGAGAUCUUGUAGUUCGGCUGACGAAAUGGGUGACGGUGUUGGAUUAGAAGGGGACAGAGGAAGUUGCGGGGGUGCGAAGGAUUCUCAACGAAGCAACACCACCGUCCACGUUUGCUGGCAUCGAAACACCAGUAUCAGUUACAGCGAUCAAUUGCGAGCGUUUCAAAACCAACUCAGCGGAUUUCUGUUACGGAAAUUCAAGAACAGCAACGGUUGGCAAAAACUCUGGGUGGUAUUCACGAAUUUUUGUUUGUUCUUUUACAAAUCGCACCGAGACGACUUCCCGUUGGCUAAUCUGCCGUUGCUCGGUUACACCGUGACCACGCCGUCCGAGAAGGACGGCAUCAACAAGGAUUUUGUUUUUAAGCUACAAUUUAAGAACCACGUUUAUUUCUUCCGCGCUGAGAGCGACUACACCUUUGGGAGGUGGAUCGAAGUGAUCCGAAGCGCUACCCAACAGAGCCACGUGUCGAUAAACUUCAUAGGAAAGGAAGGAUAUUAACGCGAAGAAUGUUGUUUUCAAAGGUUUUUAAUUUUAUAACGUAGUAUUUAAAGCGAAGAAAUCUCAAGCAUCCGUCAGGGAAGUAACUCGUCGUGUACGGGACGAACGUAAAUGAAACUUUGCGGCCUUAUUCGUGAAUUCAAAUCAAAUCGUUGCGAUCGAAACUGUGAUCGACAAUCAAAUCGAAUAUCGGAAAUGUUCAGGAAUGCAUUUAACCGAUUCUGCUUUUCGAAGCCCGAUAUCAAAACACAUCGCGUUCUUGUCGUUUUCCUUGAACUUUGAUGACUGACGCGUUCGCGUAGAUACGCUUUUAGCUGAUAAUUGGGAUAUAAAUAAUCAUUGUUUAGAUCCGGACGUAUCGCGUUCGUUCGAAACAUUUUUACGAAAACGGAUAGAAAAAUCGUCUGUCCAGAAUUGCUAGAUAUUAACGUAAAACCUUGGACCAAUUUUAUAUAACAUAAUUUCAUUAGCGAUUCGCGUGUCUUGAUGGAAAGAAAAGACAAUAAUUUUUCGUUAGCGUACUAGCGUUGUUUCUCGUUGCUAAAUGAAUAUUAACGAACGACGCGGCGGAGACAUUUUCUCUCGCUCUAUUAUUAGUAAGAUUUGUAAUUUAACACGUUUUCUUGUUACGUAUUUAACCGUGAUUCUUUCGAGGCAAUAUUACGCAAAGACUGGCUACGCGAUUUCAAUAGAUAAAAAGAGAAAGAAUGUUCACCAUGCGGGUAAGCAUUUCUUUUUAUGGCGGGAGAAUCUACGAGACGACAUGAAUAUACAUAUCUACUACGUAAACGACGCGACAAAGAGAUGCGAGUAAUUUAACGGUUAUCUGUUUUUUAGUUAUUACGAUUGUUUUGUUAUAAUAUAGAAUUUAAUCGAUAAUAUAUAUAUACAUAUAUAAAAAUCAAAGAAGAGAAUUAGUUUUAUACCGAAAGAAUCGUACUCAGAAGCGCGUAUUCGACGCCGAUAGACACGUCUAUCCAAGUUUCUCUUCCGGAUAUGUGUAACACCCGUUAUUUUCGACAAUUUAUUCGUGUACCUGGCGCGGACGAGCGCCCGUUCGAAUUGCCAAAUUUGUACGUUUAUUUGAAAAAAGCAACAACGUAACGUUCUGUAACGUAAACGUUAAACACGUCGUUAUGUAACAUUAUGUAUCGAUAUUUCGCAAUAAACGUACAUUAAUACUUUUAA